AUGAGCAAGCGCUCUUUCGAGGAGUUAAGGGGUCCUCCCGAAACAGAUCACAAUGGUCUGCUGGCCAUCCAAGAUUUGCUCUCUCCCGAUGAGCGAGAGCCAACUCCACCAUCCGGUCCCUCAGGUUCCAAGAAGCCCCGGAACUUCAUCGCCACGGUGGCCUGCGAAACAUGUCGCCUGAAGAAAACCCGAUGCGACGAGUCGCGGCCGAGAUGCGGGCUCUGCAAGACCCUCGGUCUCGAGUGUGUUUACAAUGAGCGCAAAUCAUCCAAACGAGACCAAUCUCUAACGAUGAUCAUGAGUACUCUACAUCGCCUGGAGACAAAAUUGGAGAACAUUCCAUCAUCCAUAUUAAAUGAUAUUCGUGGCCAAGUGCACCAUGUUGUCGAUAGUCCCAACUCGGCGCAUCAAUCGCCCGCAGUUCGCGAUGACAAUAAGCCGGUGGCGAUGUCAACAUCGCUCAGCUUCACCCCCGCAGCUGGGGAUGGAUAUGACUUUGACUUUGAAGAGAACAACGCUACACCAGAUGCCUCCGGCCGUACCUCUAUCUCAUUCAGCCAACACGGAGUUAUUCUCUGGCCGGGUGCGCGGCAGAUUCUUCCUGAUAAAUUGCUUAAUUCCUACAAAUUGCUUGGAAAGAACUACGUGAUCGAACUGGAGUCGACGCGACCACCACUCCCGAUGUUCACCGACCCAUUUCCCCUACAUGCCGGAGAGCACUGGCUGGAAGUUCUCCCUAUCACAAUGAUCAAGGGCCUGGCCGAUGCCUUUUUUCACAACUUCGGGUAUACCAUGGAGAGCUGUAUAGUUCUCAAUGUUCUUGCAUUGGGCUGUUUGGCUGUAUUGGCAUACCAGGAGGGAAACUAUCCACUGUCUGAUUCUCAUGGAACGCAUUUCGAGCCACCGGAUUGGAUGAAUGUGGUAUACGAGGAACAGUCUGGGCUGAGGUUUUUCAACGAGGCGCGUCGACGCAUUGGCUUCUUGAUGUGCGACAACGACAUACAAAGCUGCCAAUUCUAUAUGCUAUCCUCCGUAUAUUAUAGCCAGAUACUCCGGCCAAUGGACGCCUGGGCUAUGAUCCAUCGCGCUGCAACAUGUUGUCUAUCAAUGCUAACGAAUCAUGAUGUGAACUUCGACCAAUGGGAAGGCGACAUGAAGUCCCGCGUCUACUGGAACUGUCUCAUGAACGAAACCAUCCUUGUCCAAGAACUUCACCUCCCACCAAGUGGUCUAUCGCGCCUCGAAGAGCGAGUUCCAAUACCCAAGUUCAUCGGCUUCCAAGCAACAGGCUACAUUUCAACCCGAUACCCAUCAUCGACCGUAGUCGACGAUUCCUACUUCCAAUACCACUUCCUCGCACAGGUGGCCCAUCGAAUUAUUCUCACUCGCAUCCGCCAUUCCCUCUACUUCUACUCCGACUCGGGGGCAAUCCCUUUGCCCGCCGUCAAUACCGAACUCCACCACCAACUUGAACAAUGGCGCACCAACCUCCCACCCGCCAUCAAAUUCUCCGACCCCCAACCAGCAACUUCACAUCCCACGCCUGCCGACCCUUCAACUUCCAUCCACCCGUCACCAUCUUCAGUUGCAUCUCCAAUCCCCGCUUCGCCUAGACCACAAGAUUCACUUCGUCCCCUCUCCCCAGCAGUAGCGGUCACAGACGCAAUGCUGCGCGGCCGACAUAUGAUCGCUCAGUUCCACAUCGGCCGACCAUAUCUGUACAAGGCACUUCGAAUCCCGAAUCUCCUCACCGAUGAUGAUCUAGAGCAGAUCAAGAGUGGGUUACAGAAUGCUAUGGACUGGCCUGUCACGCAGGGGAUAUUCCGGAAGAUGACGAGUUGCAUCCCGAUCAAAUUUGCCUUCUGUUCACAAUUUUUUGGACAGAUCCUGCUCUUCUAUUGCAUUGCACACUCUCCUAGCGCACGGGUCCGUGAUACAUUGCCUGCAGGCUGGGAGCGCUGGAAUGAGGAGAUGUUGCAUUUCCUGGAUGACUGCGCACGACAUAGUCCUGCCGUGGCGCAGGAUCUUGAAUUGCUGCGGUUAUUGUGGCCGGUGCAUGAGUAA